UGUCUAAAUAUUGAUGUAAAUUGUAUUUUAGAACAGUUACUGAUUACUUGAGGAUCAGGUAACAUGAACAAAUUGUUUAUUUUUCUUUUAUUCCUCCGAUAUCUAGAAUGUAGCGGAAAUCGCUGUGCUUAUACUUCAAAGCCCUUAAGAAUGACCGUGCUUUAUGAAUCUCUCUGUGAGGAUAGCCAAGAAUUUCUUAAAAAUUUGUGGCCAGUUUUCCAGGAGUAUCAUCAAUGCAUUAAUUUAACCUUGGUUCCUCACGGCAAGUCCACACGCGUUUCAAAUGGUUUCAAGUGUCAACACGGACGUCAGGAGUGCUGGGGAAAUAGGAUGCAGAAUUGCGCUCUACACUCAAAUUUAAAUCAGUUACAACAAAUGCGAUUUGUUGCUUGUCAAAUGAAAAGCCUUAAGCUGGUGAGAAGUAAGAGCUUUAAGUGUGCGAAAACGUUGCAUAUUGAAAAUAGAGUAAAAAAGUGCAUGGGAAAGCACGACAAUAAACUUCAGGCUGAAGCUGCGAGAAUCACUGAUCACUAUAGUUACAGCGAAGUUCCUGCUAUUAUAUUUAAUGGAGUAUUCAAUGAGUCCAUCCAGAGAUCGACCAGAGCCAACGUGCACCAGACUCUGUGCAAUAUUUUGAAGACUAAACAUUUAUUAACUGGCGGAUGCUAAAUUUCAGUCUACCAUUAAAUUGCAAUUCCAAACCUGG